CAAACUCCUCAGAGGAGCUGUGUGAUGAUCAGCUGUUUGUCCACUUAGAGAGCGAGUACUCCUCUGAUACUGGCUGCUGUUGCUCUCUCAUGUAUAGUCAACAUGCAGGACACAUUUUCAUUUAACAAUUUGCUCUCUAGCAUGUUUAUUUUAUAUGUUUUUAACUUGCAGCAUAGCUGGUACUACAACACGUGGUGCUCCAGCUCUUCUCUGAUUGGCUGUUUUUUUGCUGGUGACGUAGUAGAAGCUUCCCUGUUUUGUAACACUGAGCUCAACGUGCUGGUUAUCAAACAAAACCUCUCAGUAACAAAACAAGCAUCAAGAGGCACAAUUAAGGUUUCCCAGUCAUGGCUCAUACAUGUAUUCACUGGUUCCGCAAGGGACUCAGGCUGCAUGACAACCCAGCCCUGAUGGCUGCUCUGAGGGACUGUAAGGAGCUCUACCCCGUGUUCAUCCUGGACCCUCACCUCCACAACAAUACCCGGAUGGGCAUCAACUGUUGGAGGUUCCUCGUCGGAGCCCUCAAAGACCUGGACUGCAGCCUCAGGACGCUCAACUCCAGGCUGUUUGUUGUGAGAGGGAAGCCAGAGGAAGUGUUGCCUAAGCUGUUCGACCAGUGGAAAGUAACAAAGUUGACCUACGAGUACGACACAGAGCCCUACAGCCUGAGCCGGGACAAAACGGUGACAGCACUGGCCAAAGAACACGGAGUAGAAGUCAUCUACAAAAUCUCGCACACUCUUUAUGAUAUAGACAGGAUAAUUGAGGAAAACAACGGGAAGGCUCCCCUUACUUAUAACAAAAUGCGGGCAAUAGUGAAGACUCUCGGUCCCCCUAAGAGACCCAUCCCUGCUCCAACCAUGGAAGAUACGAAAGAUGUGAAGACGCCUUGUUUAGACAACCAUGAGGAGAAAUAUGGGAUCCCUUCACUGGAGGAGCUCGGCCAGGACACUGCAGCUCUAGGAGAGGAGAAGUUCCCAGGAGGAGAACAGGAGGCCCUGAGGAGACUUGAGGAACAUAUGAAAAAAACGGGAUGGGUGUGCGGUUUUGAGAAGCCGCAGACGUCUCCUAACUCGUUGAGCCCCAGCACCACCGUCCUCAGUCCAUACAUCACUUUUGGCUGCUUGUCUGCACACACCUUCUGGUGGAAGUUGACUGACGUCUAUCAGGGGAAGAAGCACUCAGAUCCUCCAGUUUCACUGCAUGGCCAGCUGCUGUGGAGAGAGUUCUUCUACACCGCCAGUGUGGGUAUCCCUAACUUCAACAAGAUGGAGGGAAACCCUGUAUGUACCCAGGUGGACUGGGACACCAACCAAGAAUAUCUGGCAGCAUGGAGAGAGGCUCGGACCGGUUUCCCCUUCAUUGAUGCUAUCAUGACCCAGCUGAGGCAGGAGGGCUGGAUCCACCACCUGGCCAGACACGCUGUCGCUUGUUUCCUCACCAGGGGAGACCUGUGGAUCAGCUGGGAAGAAGGGCAGAAGGUGUUUGAGGAGCUUUUAUUGGAUGGCGACUGGGCUCUGAAUGCUGGAAACUGGCAGUGGCUCUCGGCCAGCGCCUUCUUCCACCAGUUCUUCAGGGUCUACUCCCCUGUCGCAUUUGGCAAGAAGACAGACAAAAGUGGAGACUACAUCAAAAAGUACCUUCCUCUUCUAAAGAAGUUCCCAGCCCAGUAUAUCUAUGAGCCUUGGAAAGCUCCACGCAGCGUCCAGCAGGCAGCAGGAUGCAUUGUGGGUAAAGACUACCCGCAUCCCAUCGCACAGCAUGAAGUGAUCAGCAAGAAGAACAUCCAGAGGAUGAAGUCAGCUUAUGCCAAGAGAUCCGGGGACCCUGCCAAAUCAUCCGACAAAUCACCCAGCAAAAAGCAAGGUGUAAAGCGCAAGGCUCCAUCUGUCGUUGACAUGCUGAAGAAGAAAGACAGAAGAAAAUAAUAGUUCACUAAUGAAUCUGAAGUAAUAGAGUUAUUGUGUAAACUGUGACUCUUCAUUACAAAUCACUGAAUAUAUAUAUAUACAGUAUAUACGGGUUUAACACUGUCAAGACUA